AUGGAGGCCAGCACGGCGUCUGCGGCGUCGACAUCGACUUCCGCAGCAAUCGCAGGUCCUUCGAGCGAAGUCUCGACCCCAGCGGCGUACGACGAGGAUGCGCGGCAUGGAGGAUCCGGUCCGCACUUCGCAAUCACCGCCAGCCAGGUCCCCAAGCCCACCGCUAGCAUGCCGCCCAUAGGUCCGAGCACCAACACGCCGUCGCCGGAGCUCGCUGUCAAAGAUAUGAAGAGCCUGGCGCCAAGUGGACCGAGCAGCGGGACGCGCUUCCUGGAGGACUGUCAUGUCGAGACGGACAGCACCCUGCCGAGUCCGCGGCUGCGUUCGAGUCGGAUGUUCAAAGGGAAGGGCAAGGAGGCUGUACCAAUUGAGAAAGAGAAGAAGAAGCCGCUACGGUUGUUGGACUUGCCGGUGGAUAUCCUCAAGGACAUCGUGAAGGAGGUUACCCAUACCAAUGAUCUCACGAGCCUGGCGUUGUGCCAUAGUGCUCUGCAUAGCCUCACGAUCCCGCACAUCUACUCGCGAUUUGACAUAGUGUGGCCGGACAGCAGCACUCAUGCGGAGCCUAGGAGCGGGGUCGAUGCGUUGACAUAUGGCCUGGCUACGCUGGUCAUGGCAGAGGAGAUCUUUGGGGAGGCGCCGAAUCAGAGGAGGGAGCUUUACAACAGCAAUCGCUUCAAUGUGGGCGGCAUUGGGCAAGCUACGGAGACGACAGUCCGGCGACGACGAGGCAACCACUAUGCGCAGUUCACACGGAAGUUCUCGCUUGGAAAUGGACCUUCAGAUUGGGUGCAAGAGUAUCUGAUCACGAAAGAGGGCGGCAAAAUGCUGGGCACGUUGGUUGCAUUGGCUGUGGCACGAAUGCGAGCACUCGAGACGUUCAUAUGGGACAUGCCAACGGGCAUACUGCGAGAUGUGUGGCUUGCACUUUCGUCACUGGGAGAUCGUUACGAUGGGAAACCGUGUCGACUCGAGAAGGUGUGGGUAAGAUGGCAUGACAACACAUCCGCCGACACCACCAACCCGAUACCUCCUCCGCCCCCUCCGAUCAACCUAUCUGCCGUUCCGCCUCCACCUCUGCAGACGACGAGCUUAAAUGCGCCCCUUCCUCAGAUUCACCCGGCUGCACUGGAUCGGGUCGAGCAUCCUUCAUUUUCCGUCCUACCUGCGCUAAAGAGCCUCAGCGUACUCGACAUCGAUGAAUUAGCCUACUUAGACGAGAUGGCCGUUCUCAUUGGAAAGUCGAUCGACAAGCUGCGAGAGCUUCGAGUUGGUAUCGCUAGGCACGCAGCGACGAGGGAUUGGGUGACUGUCUGGGAAGGCGAGACUCUGCAGCAGGUCGAUCCAGAUUACCCAACUGCAGGAUCUCUCACAAUCGGUGAGAAGAGGCUUGGUGGUGUGCUGGGCACCUUGACUGGCUUCGUCUGCGACAUGCGAAAGCCAAGGAUAGUGCUUCCGGAGCGCAUACGACAUAGAAGGCACUCGAGCAGAGCCACAGCGACGAGCCCGCCUGCCGAGAUGCCCGCACCAUCGGAGAAUGCACAGCCAUUGGAACGUCCACCGCUCGUCUCCAGCGGCCUCACAAGUCUGAGAGAUGUGAUGGCUGAGCUACCUGCGGAUGAGCCAGAAUCAAGCCUUGCGUUCCCUCCUUCAUCACCAGUGACUGGAGAGGCGGUCUUGAGUGACGGGCCCUUGCCUAUCGAUAGUGUGGAUGCUGUGGUAGCAAGCGUGUUGCCUGAGGUCCUAGUGGAGGAACAGCCUCUCGACGAGAAAGUUGUGCCUGUGGACUUCCUAGCUGACGAGCCACACAGACUGGAGAAAAAGCUUACGCUUGAGAGCCUGGAGCUUGAGCGUGUACCAAUCUCAGUCCCUGUACUGCAGAAGGGCAUCGACUGGACUCGACUGACCUCUCUCACGUUACUGCACUGCCCUAAUCACGAACAGCUCUGGAAGACUUUGCGAAGGACAUUUGCACCCACAGCCAAAUCACCUACUUACCCAACUCCGCGCCGUCUGCCCACGAACGCUUCGAAGAAGAGCCUCAAAGCCGCACUGUCCUCGAGUGAUGUGGAACUGGAGUAUCCCCUCAACUUGAAGAAAGUCCACACAAACACUGUCUCGCCCGCUUUGAUAUCCUUCUUGAAGGAGACGUUACCACCAAACAGUCUGGAGGUGCUCUUCCUCCAGGAAGCCCGCAGCUACUCUUCCUCCGUUACCGUGGAAGCCAUAUUCAAGGGCCCACUGCGGCGGCAUCGAAAUAGCCUGAAAAAGAUCCUGAUCGAUAGCUCUGAAAAGGGCUCUGAUGGACUGCCAACCAACUCGAGCCGCUGGCGCCGCUGGAUGCUUUCUAGAGAGAUUCUGACAUUCAUCUGCAGUGGAAAGAUGCCCGCUCUGAAGGAGUUGGGCUGCGCCUUGGACUACAGAGAUUGGCAUUUCUUCCUUCAGCAUAUCCCUUCGAUACCGCAUCUGCGCUCCUUGUACCUCCCGUUCUUGGCCGAUCAUGUCUCAGGGCCCAAUGUCGACCCUCGUGAGCUCGCGCUUCAGAUUGUCGACAUCGUUGCUCUGCGGCCUGAGGUCGAGCUGUGCUACAUGGGCAUCGCGAACAAAUGCUUCGAAAUUCUGGAGAACCGUUCUGACGACAACCGCAACGAGUCUCAUUUGGGUGUCCUUCCUGGCGGCCACAACCCUGCAGACGUAGCAGGAUCCGAUGAUGGCGAAGAUGACGAUGGCGAGGACGAUGAUGUGGACGAUGUCGAUGAUGAGAAUGACGAAGAAUAUGAAGAAGACGACACAGAGAGCGAAGACGAUGUCGACCUGGACGACGAAGAUUCCGAUGACGAAGGCACGGACGCCUCGAGGAGCAAAGCAGCGGCCAGGCUGCGUCUAAGGGAGAUCUUGUUCUAUGAUGAUAAGGUUGCGGUUUUCAAGGCGAGGCAUGGCAGGCUGUAG